AGUUUUUGUAGUCUGACUAGUGACAACUUGUGUAUUCAACUGAACGGUUUAUUCUGUUUGAUAUAAAGGCAAUUUAUUUAGUGAAAUGAAUCGACUAUCGCACAACGGUGUGAGUGUGGCAUACUCGAUCCUCCUGCUGCUGCUGCUUACAGACAUCCCUCUCCAUACUGCCCAGGUCCAAGAUAACUCCUCUAGAUUCUCGCACCGAUUGGCAAUAUUCACCACCAAUGUGUACACCAAACUAGUAACGCAGAACCCCAAUCAGAACAUCAUCUUCUCUCCCCUCUCUAUCCAAAGCUGUGCAGCUAUGACCAGGAUGGGGGCCAGAGGCGAAACAGCUGCCCAAUUGGAUCGCGGUCUUGCACUGAUUUCUAACAAUGAAGCACAAAUUGCCGACAGUUUCCACAAAGUACUUGCUGCAUACAACAAAAGUAGUUAUAUUCAUAUUGCCAGCAAGAUCUACAUUAAAGAUGGCUAUCAUCUGAGGGAUGAGUUCACUUCAAUAAUCUCCAAACAGUUUCUAUCCGCUACCGAGCCCAUAGACUUUACCAAAAAUAUAAGGGCUGCAGGCAAAAUUAAUUCCUGGGUGGAACAACGAACCAACAACCUCAUAAGAGAUCUAGUUCCACCGAGUGAAUUAGAUAAUAAUACGCAUAUGGUGUUAAUCAAUGCGGUACACUUUAAGGGAAUCUGGGUGCAUCAAUUCCCAAAGAAGACCAAAAAAGAACCUUUCUAUUUGAAUAAUGCCAAAAGCAUUAAAGUACCCAUGAUGAAUUUGAGGGAGCGUUUGAGAUAUGCAGAACUACGUGAUAUUGAUGCCACUGCAUUGGAAUUACCCUACAACAACUCGGACUUGUCCAUGCUGAUCGUGUUGCCUAAUAGCAAUAAUGGUUUGCCACAACUGGAGAGGAAACUUCGCAGCACUCCGCUUUCCCAGAUCACGAGAGCACUCAACUCUGAAGAUGUGAUUGUCAAACUGCCGAAGUUCAAGUCCGAAUUCAAGGUGGAGUUGACAGAAUCAUUCAAGCAGCUGGGAAUGACAAACAUGUUUUCGAAUAAUGCUGACUUUAGCAGAAUGAUCAAAAGUCAAUAUGGCUUAAAAGUCUCGAAAUUCAUUCACAGGGCUUUUAUAGACGUGAAUGAGAGGGGUGCCCAAGCCUCUGUAUCCAACGCAAUUAAAAUCGAUUUCAGAGCUUGCAUACCGAUGAUCUUACGUGCCGCUCAGCAGAUACAAUUCUAUGCAAACCACCCAUUUAUCUACUAUAUCAUCAAUAACCAGGGUAUUGUACUCUUUGCUGGGAAGCUACUUAAACCUUAAAUUGAAAUGGAAUUUAUUAUUCUUAGCCCAAGUAAUCUCAACAAACAAAUCUCAAACCCUUCAAUUCAAUUUCAGGCAUUUAAACAUUAACAAUAAAUUAAAAAGUUCAAAAUAAAGGAACCACAAAUAAAUAUAAAA